GCUGGCACUGCAGGCGGUGGCCGGGGGGAAGCGGCUGCUCCGAUUUCCAGCGCUGUUUAUUAAUAACCCCUCUCCGCCCCAUGCUAAGCCCAUGUGCAGCGCAGAGCCGGCGGCGCUGGGCUCCAGGGGAGGAAGGGACCUGAUGGCACAGCCCGAGCCCCCUCCAGAGCUGCAGCUGGAUGAAGCCAGAGCACCCCCAGCCCCACAGGGAGCAGCUGAAGGAGCUGCUCCACACCCAGAACGUGCUCACAGCCCGUUGGAUCCGGCAGGGAACGGAUCCAAACCCCUGCACGGGGGCAGCCCAGACUCCAGGCCUGUCAGCAGAGAUCCCUCCUUGGAGAUAAACACAGCAGGAGCUCAGCUGGAUGAGGGGGCAGCCGGGGCUGGGAUCCCGCUGGACGUGGAUGGAGAUGGGACAGGAAUCCCACUGGACAUGGAUGCAGACGGGGUAGAAGUUCCACUGGACGUGCAUGGAGGUGGGACAGGGAUCCCAGUGGACCAGGACACAGCAGGAAUUCUGGAUGUGGAUGAAGGUGGGACUGGGAUCCCACUGGCCAUGGAUGAAGGUGGGACAGGAAUCCCACUGGAUGAGGAUACAUCAGGAUUUCUGCUGGACGUGGAUGAAGGCGGGACAGGAAUCCCAGUGGACAAGGAUACAUCAGGAAUUCUGGAUGUGGAUGAAGGUGGUACUGGGAUCCCACUGGCCAUGGAUGAAGGUGGGACAGGGAUCCCACUGGAUGAGGACACAUCAGGAUUUCUGCUGGAUGUGGAUGAAGGUGGGACAGGGAUCCCACUGGCCAUGGAUGAAGGUGGGACAGGGAUCCCACUGGCCAUGGAUGAAGGUGGGACAGGGAUCCCACUGGCCAUGGACACGGACAGAGCAGGGAUCCCAGACCAUGCAGAUGGGGCAGGAAUCCCGCUGGCCAUGGACACAGAGGGAGCAGGCGGCCCUUUGGAUGCCAACACCCCAGAGCAGCGGUGCCUGAGCCUGGAAGAGCUGGGCAAUUACUUCCAGGAGUGCAUCGAGGUGGUGGAGCAGCUGGAGCGCGAGCGGGACAGGCUGAUCGCGGAGCUGGCGCAGCUGCGCGAGCCGGCGCUGCAGGAGAUCCGCCAUGCCCACGAGGAGAUCCAGGCCGCCUGCAGGCUGCUGGCCAAGGUGGAGCUGGAGAGGGACAACCUGCGCGACGAGAUCCGCCAGAUCAAGCAGAAGCUCUUCAAGGUGACCAAGGAGUGCGUGGCCUGCCAGUACCAGCUGGAGAGCAGGAGGCACGACCUCUCGCAGCACGCCGCCUACCAGGGCGAGCUGCAGAGCCAGGCGGGGCAGCUCUCGGGGGAGCUGUCCCAGCUCAAGGAGAGCUGCGAGAAGGAGAAGGAAGUUCUGAGGCAGCGCCUGGAGGCUCCUCCGUGCCGCCAGGACAACCUGUACCUGCAGGAGAGCCGCAGGUUGUCGCUGGAAUUCGAGAGUUUUGUGGCCCAGAGCCGGCGGGGGCUGGAGGAGCACUACGAGCCGCAGCUGCUGCGGCUGCUGGAGCGGCGUGAGGCCGGGGCCAAGGCUCUGCAGGAGAUGCAGGGGGAGAUCCAGGGCAUGAAGGAAGCCCUGAGGCCCCUGCAGGGCGAGGUCAGCCGGCUGAGGAUGCAGAACCGCAGCCUGGAGGAGCAGAUCGUGCUGGUCAAGCAGAAAAGGGAUGAGGAGGUCGGGCAGUACCGGGAGCAGGUGGAGGAGCUGGAGGACAGGCUGAAGGAGCUCAAGAACGGGGUGCAGCUCCAGCAACGCAAGAACCAGGAGCUGGAGGAGCUCAGGACCAGCCUCCAUCGGGAGCUCUCCAUCUACAAGAGCUGCUUAGAAAUCUACGGGCACCUCUGCAAACCGGAGGAAAAAGCAGAGCAGGACUCUUAGAACCACAGAAUUUUCCUCUUUGUAGCAAAAAAACCAAUGGACAGAGGAUGCAAGGGAUUCUCCUCGUGCUGCUUUACCCUGCCUGAUGUGCAGCAGCUGCCUGGAGCUGGGAAUUCCAAUCUUUGAAUUUCCAAUUUGAAUUUCCAAUUUGAAUUUCCAAUUUGAAUUUCCAAUCUUUUUCCUUGGGUAUUUCCCCAGCUGCUGCUGCUCUUUGCUUUUCCCCAGAGGAGCAGAACCAAAAAAAAAAACAAAAUAUCUUUGUACUGAACAAAGGAUAUGGAUGAGGAAUAACUGAUUGAUGUUUUGCUGUGUUUGGGAAAAUGUUGUUCAAAUUCUGGAAGUUAGGGGGGUUUGACUUUUAAAGUUUACAUGCAAGAGAAGCUUUCUCCUUUGAAGAGGAUUUUCUUUUGUAUUUCAAGAGUUUCUGCUGUACUGGGACAUGCUCCACAGAAAGGAGGUGGUGGGGAAGAGGUUUUUCCACUUUAUAUCGAGUCUCACACUGAAAAUAAAAGGUCAGAGUUUAAGGACCCAAA